AUGGCGCAUAAUUAUGAGAUUGGUACGAAGGCAUGGCAGCCGGAUACUACUGAAGGAUGGGUUGCUUCGGAAUUGGUCUCGAAAGCUUUGAAUGGAGACAAGUACACACUUGUCUUUCAACUCGAAAAUGGAGAGACCAAGUCUGUAGAAGCCACAGAAGAAGCGUUGACACAAGCAAAUAAUGCCUCUCUACCCCCUCUCAUGAAUCCAACAAUGCUCGAAGCUAGUGAUGAUCUAACGAAUCUUUCCCAUCUCAACGAGCCUGCUGUCUUACAGGCUAUUCGAUUACGAUACUUGCAGAAAGAAAUAUACACAUACAGUGGUAUUGUGCUGAUAGCAACGAAUCCCUUUGCACGAGUUGAUUCUUUAUACGUGCCUGGCAUGGUACAGGUGUAUGCGGGAAGGCAAAGAGCUACUCAAGCUCCGCAUUUAUUUGCCAUUGCAGAAGAAGCGUUUGCGGACAUGUUACGGAGUCAAAAGAAUCAGACAAUAGUGGUAUCAGGAGAAUCUGGAGCCGGAAAGACUGUCAGUGCCAAAUACAUUAUGCGAUAUUUUGCUACUAGAGAAUCCCCAGAUCAGCCGGGGACAAGGACGAAGCGGGGUACAGAGCAAAUGAGUGAAACCGAAGAACGAAUUUUGGCCACGAAUCCUAUUAUGGAAGCUUUCGGUAACGCCAAGACCACACGUAAUGACAAUUCAUCUCGAUUUGGAAAAUAUAUUGAGAUUAUGUUCGACGACAAGACGAACAUCAUUGGAGCAAAAAUCCGGACCUACUUGUUAGAGCGUUCGAGAUUAGUGUUCCAACCGCUCAAGGAGCGAAAUUACCACGUUUUCUAUCAGUUAGUAGCAGGGGCAUCGGAAAGCGAGGCAAGGGAACUCGAUUUGAAGCCCGUAGAGCAGUUUGAUUACCUUAACCAAGGAAGCUCGCCAACUAUCGACGGUGUUGAUGAUAAAGCAGAAUUCGAAGCGCUCAAGGGAUCUUUGGCAACCAUUGGAGUGGAUGCUGGUCAGCAAGCGGAUAUCUUUAAAUUGCUUGCAGCAUUGCUGCAUUUGGGAGACGUAAAGAUCACAGCCUCGAGAACGGACUCUGUCUUGGCUCCUAACGAGCCGGCAUUGUUAAAGGCGACAGCUUUACUUGGUGUGGAUCCUGUCGAGUUCGCAAAGUGGACUGUGAAGAAACAGUUGAUUACAAGAGGCGAGAAGAUCACUUCAAACCUGACUCAACAACAAGCCAUUGUUGUGCGAGACUCGGUUGCAAAGUUUAUCUACUCAAGUAUGUUCGAUUGGCUCGUAGAUAGUAUCAACCAUGCCCUUGCCACCGAUGAAGUAUUAGCCCGUGUGAGGACUUUCAUUGGUGUGUUGGAUAUUUAUGGUUUCGAGCAUUUUGCCAAGAACUCUUUCGAACAAUUUUGUAUCAACUACGCAAAUGAGAAACUCCAACAGGAGUUCAACGCUCACGUGUUCAAGCUCGAACAAGAGGAGUAUCUAAGGGAGGAGAUUGACUGGACUUUUAUUGACUUUUCGGACAAUCAACCUUGUAUUGAUCUGAUUGAGGGAAAGCUUGGUGUAUUGUCACUCCUUGACGAAGAAUCCAGGUUGCCCAUGGGAUCAGACGAGCAAUUUGUCACGAAGCUACAUCAUAAUUUCGCCGCCGACAAGAACAAAUUCUACAAAAAGCCUCGCUUCGGGAAAUCGUCAUUCACAGUUUGCCAUUAUGCUAUCGAUGUCACUUAUGAGUCGGACGGCUUUAUUGACAAGAAUCGUGACACUGUUCCUGACGAGCAUAUGGCAGUUUUGAGAGCCUCCUCGAACAAAUUCUUGGGCACAGUUUUGGAUGCUGCCUCUGCUGUGAGGGAAAAGGAUACUGCCUCGGCAACAACCUCGGCUGCAACAAAACCUACACCUGGUAGACGCAUUGGUGUUGCUGUCAAUCGCAAACCUACUCUAGGUGGCAUUUUCAAGUCAUCUCUUAUCGAGCUUAUGAGCACUAUCAACGGUACUGAUGUUCACUACAUUCGUUGCAUCAAGCCCAACGAGGCUAAGGAGUCAUGGGUAUUCGAGGGUCCCAUGGUUUUGAGUCAAUUGCGAGCUUGUGGUGUGCUCGAGACGGUCCGCAUCAGUUGUGCGGGAUAUCCCACACGUUGGACAUAUGAAGAGUUUGCUUUACGAUACUAUAUGUUGACACCAUCAUCAGCGUGGACAUCAGAAAUCCGUGAUAUGGCAAAUAUAAUUCUUACCAAAGCACUCGGUGCUAGCAGUGGAGGUGGAUUGGACAAAUAUCAACUUGGUCUGACAAAGAUCUUUUUCCGCGCAGGAAUGUUAGCCUUUUUGGAGAACUUGCGAACAACCCGACUUAACGAUUGUGCAAUUAUGAUACAGAAGAAUCUGAAAGCGAAGUACUAUCGACGCAAGUAUCUUGAUGCGAGGGGUGCGAUCCUUACUUUCCAAUCGGCGGUUCGAGGUCACCUGGCUCGUAAGAACGCUCAGGAGAAUCGUAAGGUUAAGGCUGCCACAACCAUCCAAAGAGUUUGGCGUGGUCAGAAACAACGCAAGAAGUUCCUGGCCAUUCGCAAUAACGUUAUACUCGCUCAAGCUGCUGCCAAGGGAUUCUUGCGCAGAAAGGAAAUCAUGGAGACUCGAGUUGGAAAUGCUGCGAUGAUCAUCCAACGGUCAUGGCGAUCGAGGCAGUCACUCAAGAAGUGGAGAGACUACAGGAAAAAGAUUGUCAUUGUUCAAAGUCUUUGGAGAGGUAAAUCGGCACGUCGUGGGUACAAGAAGAUCCGCGAAGAAGCAAGAGAUCUCAAGCAAAUUUCCUACAAAUUGGAAAACAAGGUCGUCGAACUUACUCAGUCUGUUGGCACGAUGAAGAGAGAGAACAAGACUUUAGUGACCCAAGUGGAGAACUACGAAAACCAGAUCAAGUCGUGGAAGAACAGACACAAUGCGCUGGAAGCUCGGGUAAAGGAGUUGCAAACUGAAGCCAACCAAGCUGGAAUAACUGCCGCACGUCUCGCUGUUAUGGAGGAAGAAAUGACGAAACUCCAAACAAACUUUGACGAGUCAGCUGUCAAUAUUAAACGUCUACAAGAAGAAGAGAAAGAGUUGAGAGAGUCUCUUAGAAUAUCAAACCUAGAGCUCGAGAAAGCGAAGGAGGAGGGCACCUUACACGAAUCUGAGAAGAUCACUCUCAGGCAACAACUUGUUGACUUACAAGAUCAACUUGACCUGGCAAAGCGUGCAGGCCCAAUUCUACCACCGAACGGUGAGAUUAUGAAUGGUGCUGCUGCCGCCCAACAAAACGGUCUUAUCAACUUGGUUUCUUCGAAGAAACCAAAACGUAGAAGUGCAGGAGCUGAGCCACGCGAGCUAGAUCGCUUCAGUGCAGCAUACAACCCAAGGCCAGUAUCUAUGGCGGUCACAAGCAACAAUCUUCAUCAACAAACACUCUCUGGCUCCACAUUCCAACCCAGUGUUGACACCAUUGAGUUCGAGCUCGAGAAUCUUUUGGCCGAUGAGGAAGGCUUGAAUGAAGAAGUCACAAUCGGUUUGAUCAAGAACCUUAAAAUUCCAGUGGCUUCAUCUACUCCACCACCAACAGACAAGGAAGUACUUUUCCCAUCUUACUUAAUCAAUCUUGUCACAUCAGAGAUGUGGAACAAUGGGUUUGUUAAGGAAUCGGAAAGAUUCCUUGCUAAUGUCAUGCAAUCUAUUCAACAUGAAGUCAUGCAACAUGACGGUGAUGAGGCUGUCAACCCCGGUGCUUUUUGGUUGUCUAAUGUUCACGAGAUGCUUUCUUUCGUCUUCUUGGCUGAAGAUUGGUAUGAAGCUCAGAAGUCGGACAAUUUCGAGUAUGACCGUCUCCUUGACAUCGUCAAGCAUGAUCUCGAGAGCUUGGAGUUCAAUAUUUAUCACACUUGGAUGAAGGUAUUGAAGAAGAAGUUGCAGAAGAUGAUUAUUCCGGCUAUCAUCGAAUCGCAAUCACUUCCAGGUUUCGUCACCAAUGAAAGCAAUAGAUUCUUGGGUAAAUUGCUUCAGACGAAUUCAGCACCUGCGUUCAGCAUGGACAACUUGCUUAGCUUACUCAACAACGUUUUCAAAGCUAUGAAGGCAUACUAUUUGGAGGACUCAAUCAUAACCCAAACAGUCACUGAAUUGCUCAGGUUGGUUGGUGUCACCGCAUUCAACGAUCUUUUGAUGAGAAGAAACUUUUUGUCGUGGAAGCGAGGACUCCAAAUCAACUACAAUAUUACAAGAAUUGAGGAAUGGUGUAAGAGUCAUGACAUGCCGGAGGGAACUUUGCAGCUAGAGCACUUGAUGCAAGCAACCAAACUCCUCCAGUUGAAGAAAGCCACUCUUAACGAUAUCGAGAUUAUUCAAGAUAUCUGCUGGAUGCUCUCACCUAAUCAAAUCCAGAAGUUGCUCAACCAAUAUCUCGUCGCUGAUUACGAACAGCCCAUUAAUGGAGAAAUUAUGAAAGCUGUCGCUUCUCGCGUAACGGAAAAGAGCGACGUAUUACUCUUGGCUGCCGUUGAUAUGGAUGACAGUGGGCCAUAUGAGAUCGCCGAACCUCGUGUCAUAACAGCUCUAGAAACAUAUACCCCUUCAUGGCUCCAAACUCCAAGGCUAAAGCGUCUAGCAGAGAUCGUUUCUCAGCAAGCCAUGCAACAACAGGAAAAAAUGGAAUAUACUCAGGAUGAUAUUGCCGAGCAAUCAGACAAUGAGGAGGCGAACAGUGCUUGA